CGGGGGCGCGAGUCCGCUGCCCACCGCCCCGGGACCCGGCGAGGGGCGGGGGCAGCCCCAACCCGGCCUCGGAUCGCCCCCCGCUCCCGUCUCGCGCUUCCCGGAAAGUUUGUCCCUGAGCACUCAGCCGAGCUGCGCCGGGAGCCCCGCCGAGACGAGGGUUUCCCCCACAGCCCCAGCUGGUGUGGCCAGGCCCCAAGUGUAGGAUGGGGUUCCCCCUACGAGGGCCGGUGGCAGCCAGAACUGAUACAGCUACCCUGCUCUGGGGCCAGGACGCCAGCUGAGGAGGGUGGGAGUGUCUGGAGCCAUGGCUGGUGCCUCGGUGAAAGUGGCAGUGAGGGUCCGGCCCUUCAGUGCCCGGGAGACCAGCCAGGAUGCCAAGUGUGUGGUCAGCAUGCAGGGAAACACCACCUCCAUCAUCAAUCCCAAACAAGGCAAAGAUGCCACCAAAAGUUUCACCUUCGACUACUCCUACUGGUCACACACUUCGUCCGAGGACCCACAGUUUGCGUCUCAGCAGCAGGUGUAUCGGGACAUUGGAGAAGAAAUGCUGCUUCACGCCUUUGAAGGCUACAAUGUGUGCAUCUUUGCCUACGGACAGACUGGAGCUGGGAAAUCCUACACCAUGAUGGGGCGGCAGGAGCCAGGGCAGCAGGGCAUCGUGCCCCAGCUCUGUGAAGACCUCUUCUCUCGUGUCAGUGAGAAGCAGAGUGCUCAGCUGUCCUAUUCUGUGGAGGUGAGCUACAUGGAGAUCUAUUGUGAGCGAGUUCGAGAUCUCUUGAACCCCAAGAGUCGGGGCUCUCUACGGGUCCGGGAGCACCCCAUCCUGGGCCCCUAUGUGCAGGACCUGUCCAAGUUGGCUGUGACAUCCUACGCGGACAUUGCCGACCUCAUGGACUGUGGAAAUAAGGCGCGGACUGUGGCCGCCACCAAUAUGAAUGAGACCAGCAGCCGUUCCCAUGCCGUGUUCACCAUCGUCUUCACACAGCGCAGCCACGACCAGCUCACCGGACUGGACUCAGAGAAGGUCAGUAAGAUCAGUUUGGUGGACCUUGCGGGGAGCGAGCGUGCCGACUCCUCAGGGGCCCGUGGCAUGCGCCUGAAGGAAGGCGCCAACAUCAAUAAGUCCCUGACGACUCUAGGGAAGGUGAUCUCAGCCCUCGCGGAUAUGCAAUCAAAGAAGCGGAAGUCGGAUUUCAUUCCUUACAGGGACUCUGUGCUCACUUGGUUGCUCAAAGAGAAUUUGGGUGGGAACUCCCGUACGGCGAUGAUUGCAGCCCUGAGCCCCGCUGACAUCAACUAUGAGGAGACGCUCAGCACUCUCAGGUACGCCGACCGCACCAAACAAAUCCGCUGCAAUGCUGUCAUCAACGAGGACCCCAAUGCCCGCCUCAUCCGGGAGCUACAGGAGGAGGUGGCCCGGCUGCGGGAACUGCUCAUGGCUCAGGGGCUCUCGGCCUCUGCCCUCGGAGGAGGCCUGAAGGCGGAAGAGGGGAGUCCUGGAGGUGCUCUGGCAGCUGUAUCAUCUCCCACUGCCCCAGCUUCACCCUCCUCUCCCCCCACACAUAACGGGGAGCUGGAGCCAUCUUUCUCGCCCACCGCUGAACCCCAGAUUGGGCCUGAGGAGGCCAUGGAGAGGCUGCAGGAGACAGAGAAGAUCAUAGCCGAGCUGAACGAGACCUGGGAGGAGAAGCUGCGGAAGACAGAAGCCCUGAGGAUGGAGAGAGAAGCGUUGCUGGCUGAGAUGGGGGUCGCUGUCCGCGAGGAUGGGGGAACUGUGGGCGUCUUCUCUCCGAAGAAGACUCCCCACCUGGUGAACCUGAAUGAAGACCCCCUGAUGUCUGAAUGUCUGCUCUACCACAUCAAAGAUGGCAUCACCAGGGUUGGGCAGGUAGAUGUGGACAUCAAGCUGACUGGACAGUUCAUCCGGGAGCAACACUGUGUGUUCCGGAGCAUCCCCCAGGCUGAUGGAGAAGUGGUGGUCACGCUGGAGCCGUGUGAAGGCGCCGAGACGUACGUCAACGGGAAGCUUGUGACGGAGCCGCUGGUGCUGAAGUCAGGGAAUCGGAUCGUGAUGGGCAAGAACCACGUUUUCCGCUUCAAUCACCCAGAGCAGGCGCGGCUAGAACGGGAACGAGGGGUGCCCCCGCCGCCGGGGCCCCCGUCCGAGCCUGUGGACUGGAACUUUGCCCAGAAGGAACUGCUGGAGCAGCAGGGCAUUGACAUCAAGCUGGAGAUGGAGAAGAGGCUGCAGGAUCUGGAGAAUCAGUACCGGAAAGAGAAGGAAGAAGCGGAUCUUCUGCUAGAGCAGCAGCGACUGUACGCAGACUCUGACAGCGGGGACGACUCUGACAAGCGAUCCUGCGAAGAGAGCUGGCGGCUGAUCUCCUCCUUGCGAGAGCAGCUGCCCCCCACCACGGUCCAGACCAUCGUCAAGCGCUGCGGCCUGCCCAGCAGCGGCAAACGCAGGGCCCCUCGCAGGGUUUACCAGAUCCCCCAACGGCGGCGGCUGCAGGGCAAAGACCCCCGCUGGGCCACCAUGGCUGACCUGAAGAUGCAGGCAGUCAAGGAGAUCUGCUAUGAGGUGGCCCUGGCCGACUUCCGCCACGGGCGGGCUGAGAUCGAGGCCCUGGCUGCCCUCAAGAUGCGUGAGCUGUGUCGCACCUACGGCAAGCCGGAGGGGCCCGGGGAUGCCUGGAGGGCCGUGGCCCGGGAUGUGUGGGACACGGUGGGCGAGGAGGAAGGAGGUGGAGGCGGCGGUGGCGGUGGCGACGAGGGCGCCCGCGGCGCGGAGGUGGAGGACCUGCGGGCUCACAUCGACAAGCUGACGGGGAUUCUGCAGGAGGUGAAGCUGCAGAACAGCAGCAAGGACCGCGAGCUGCAGGCCCUGCGGGACCGCAUGCUGCGCAUGGAGAGGGUCAUCCCGCUGACCCAGGACCAUGAGGAUGAGAAUGAAGAAGCCGGUGAGGUCCCCUGGGCCACAGAGGGCUCCGAGCCGUCGGAGGAGGCAGCGUCCAGUGACCCCGUGCCCUCGGCCCGGCCUGCCUCGCCGCCCCUGUCCAGCUGGGAGCGGGUGUCACGGCUGAUGGAGGAGGACCCCGCGUUCCGUCGUGGCCGCCUUCGCUGGCUCAAGCAGGAGCAGCUGCGGCUGCAGGGACUGCAGGGCUCAGGGGGCCGGGGCGGGGGGCUACGCAGGCCCCCAGCCCGCUUCGUCCCCCCACACGACUGCAAGCUGCGCUUCCCCUUCAAGAGCAACCCCCAGCACCGGGAGUCUUGGCCCGCGGCCGUGGGGAGCGGCGAGGCCCCAGCUGCACCCCAGCCGCCUGCGGAGGUCUCUCCCGCCCCUGCCGCCCCUGCUCGCAGGCCUCCAAGUCCCCGCAGGUCCCACCGUCCCCGCAGGAACUCCCUGGACGGAGGGAACCGAUCCCGGGGUGCGGGUCCCACGCAGCCGGAGCCCCAGCACUUCCAGCCCAAAAAGCACAACUAUUAUCCCCAGCAGCCCCAGCCGUACCCGGCGCAGCGGCCCCAGGGCCCCCGCUACCCGCCGUACACCACUCCUCCGCGGAUGAGACGGCAGCGCUCGGCGCCGGACCUCAAGCAGAGCGGGGCGGCCGUGUGAGUCCCGCGGCCCGGCAGGGAGGGCCUUGCUGGGAGACACGCCGCCGCUACUGCCCCGGGAGCCCCGGGGUCAGGGAAGGCCGCAGAGGAGAGAGAAGGUUCGAGUAGGUGAUAGGUGACUGGGGGUGGCUGGGCCGGAGGCUGAGCGAAGGCAGAGGGCACGGAGUUGCCGGGAGCAAACCAAAGCGCAGGAUGAGGGAGGGAGGCCGCCUCGGGGCCGGGCCUUGCAGAGGCCCUGGGUCCCACCGACGCUGCUAUGGGUGGGUGGGCGGGGCUGGGUGCCGCGAAGCCGGGUGUUUGGCUUUCUUUUGGAGUGGGUCCGUCUGUCUGUCUGUCUGUCUGUGGUGGGUUUCUGUUUCCAGGGAGGUGUGGUGAGAUUGCCAGUGGCUCCCCUCCCCUUGGGGCCUCCUUGCUGUAUUGGUGGGGGGACCUGUCUGGCUUGGCUGGAGUUCCAUGAGGAUGUAGGACCCGUUUAAUAAAGGAUAGCACACAGGGAGCUGGCGGCUCGUGUUGUCUGGCGGGACUCCAGGGCGCUGGAGGUUAGGGAAGUGGACGGCAGGGAUGGAGAUGCGGGUUUGAACUUCACCUCCUCUCUUCCUCAGGGUGUGUAGCCCAUUCUUUCCCGCCCUUCCAUCAUUUGUGCUUACCCAGUGUCUCCAUCUCUGCUCCCAAACUCUAAUCUCAUUGCAGACAGGGAGGGAGGGCAGAGGGACCGCCAGUGGGUGAUGCCCACCUGGCGGUUGCUACCAGGUCCUUCCCAGAUAGAAGGAUUCAGAGUGGGCAUGGCUUUGCUUCCUUAAAUCCUGUAACUUGUUAGGAAGGUCUCCCAAGGAGCCAGUUUCCAGGGUAACGGAUGCGUUGUUUGGUCUUAAUGCACCUCCCCUCCCCGAUGUACUGUCACCCUGGUUGUUGCGGUCCCUGCCCUUCAGCAAGGCGUGAUUCAGUAUUUCAAGUCGUAGUUUAUUUGCCUUAGGCAUUGAGGUGCUUUGGGCACUGGGUUGGUGUUCUGGCUUGGAGCAACCAGCCCAGGGCAGAGCCCCGUCAGCGAGGUUUUGCAGGCUGGGUCGUACGCCUGCUCUGCCUUCAGCUCGCCCGGCUCUGAAGUCCUGUGUUUUCAUGCUGUCCUCAGGAAAACACUUUUCCCCACUUUGAACAUUUGAGCUACUUCUCGACAACUUCCUGAGGUCAGCCAGUCUUGACGUGCAAGCUGCCAAAACCAGAGAUCUCUGUCUCCAGCGCAGCCAAGGGUAGGAUUAAGUUAACUGCUAGAUUCAUACUCUGCUGCUGGCUACCUUUCUUUUGACACCUUGGUCCACCAGGUCUUCAGGGACCUGUCGACAGUGACCCGAGGUCUGGACUAUAAUGGCUAGUUGGGCGACAGUGUUUACUUGAAGUUUAUAAUCUGGCCAGGAAGACUACUUGUUAGCAAGAAAAUGAUAGAAUACAAAGCUGCCUGCAGAUGAGCAAGCUGUGUGGCACGGGGAGUGCCGUGGGAGUCCUUUGAGGCUGCAAGGGUGGCUUGCUGGUUUAAAACACACUUGGAUUGUUUUCCCCUCGAGACGCUGCCUUAUAUAAAUAGGUCAUUUCUACAGUUUUUAAAAUCCACUUUUCCAGCCUUUUAAGUCAACCUUUAGUAAUGUGGACAAACUGUUUAGGCUUUAUUCAGAGAAGCACCCACUAACCCCUUACCUGUGCUACACGGGCCAGCAUUCCCUGUGCUUUUCAGUUAGUCCUUAAAUAGCCCUGCAGGGGCAGGCGCUGUGGCUCAGCGGGUGAAGCUGCUGUUUGAGAUGCCUGCAUUCCAUAUGGGUUCAGCUGCUCUGCUUCUGAUCCAGCUCUCUGCUAAUGUGCCUGGGAGGCAGCAGAUGAUGGCUCCAGUGCUUGAGCUCCUGCCCCCUAUAUGGGAGAUCCAGAUUGAAUUCCAGGCUCCUGGCUUCAACCUGGCAGAUCCCUGGCUGUUGUGGGCAUUUGGGGAGUGAACCAGUGAAUGGAAAAUAUGUGUUUCUUUGUCACUCUACCAUCUUGAAGUAGAUGAAAAGAAAUAAACAUUAAAAGAAAAAAAAAAACCUGUAAAGUAGGUGUUUUGUCUC